AUGGCCCACGUUCAAAAGCUAACUUUUCCUAUCAUCAACAAAUCGUACGAGCAGCCUACCGGCCUGUUCAUCAACAACGAGUUCGUCGCUGCUAAGUCCGGUAAAACUUUUAAAGUCAGCUCUCCGCUGAACGAGGAGCAUUUGUGCGACGUCCAGAUGGCUGAGGCCGAGGACGUCGACGUUGCCGUGCAGGCCGCAUACAAGGCGUUCAAGCAGUGGAAAUUGACCGAGGGAUCGGAGAGAGCCAAGCUGCUCAACAAGCUCGCAGAUCUCAUCGAGCGCGACAGAGAGCUGCUGAGCCAGAUCGAGUCGCUCGACAACGGAAAGUCGCUCUUGUGCUCCACGUUCGACCUCGGCAUUGUUAUCAGCACCCUCAGAUACUGCGCCGGCUUCUGCGACAAGAAGGACGGCCGUCUCGUCGACACGGGGCUCACCCAUAUGAGCUACACAAAAAGGGAACCACUCGGGGUGUGCGGCGCCAUUACCCCGUGGAACUUCCCGCUCAUGAUGUUUGCGUGGAAAAUCGGCCCGGCUUUAGCCACAGGUAACGUUGUCGUGCUCAAGCCAGCUAGCGCCACUCCAUUGUCCAACCUGUAUGUCUGCAAGUUGGUCAAAGAGGCCGGAUUCCCGGCCGGUGUUGUCAACGUCAUCCCUGGCAGCGGCAGAGGCUGCGGUAACGCCAUCUUGCACCACCCUCUAGUGAAAAAAGUCGCCUUCACCGGCUCUACUUCUGUCGGCCAAGGUGUCAUGGCCGAGGCCGCUAAAACGAUCAAAAAAGUCACUCUCGAGCUCGGCGGAAAAUCGCCAAAUAUCGUCUUUGAGGACUGUAACAUCGAGGAGACCAUCCAAAACCUCAUCACGGGUAUUUUCUUCAACGGCGGAGAGGUUUGCUGUGCCGGCUCCAGAAUUUACAUCCAGGCCACCAACCCAGAAUGGUACAACAGUUUCCUGCAAAAGUUCAAGGCUGCGGUUGAGAAGCUCAAGGUUGGCAAUGCCUUCGAAGAGGGUGUUUUCCAAGGCGCACAGUCCACCCCAGACCAGUUCGAGGAGGUGCUCAAGUACAUUGAGAUCGGAAAGAAGACGAGCCUCAAGCUGCUUACCGGAGGCAACAGAAUCGGCUCCAAGGGCUACUUUGUCGAGCCUACCGUGUUCUACGACGUUCCGCAGGACAGCCAGCUGACCCAGGAGGAGAUCUUCGGUCCGGUGGCCGUUGUUCUGCCGUUCAAGAGCAUCGACGAAGUCAUUGAGAAGGCCAACGACUCCGAGUUCGGUCUGGGCUCUGGUGUGCACACCGAGGACAUCAACAAGGCCAUCUACGUCUCCGAUAGACUUGAGGCUGGUUCUGUGUGGAUCAACACCUACAACGACUUCCACGCCGCCGUGCCAUUUGGUGGCUACAAGCAGAGUGGUAUAGGCAGAGAGAUGGGCACAGAGGCCUUCGAAAGCUACACCCAGGUCAAGGCUGUGAGAGCCAAGAUCAGGACCCCUGUGUUGUAA